GGCGGGAGGUAUAUCAGUAUAUCUUCGUGUAUUUGAUUAAGAUUUGAUAAAUCAAGGGUAAGCGGUAGCAUAAGUUUUUGAUAUCAGUAUAUCCUGUCCUUUUCCUAGCUUAAAUACGUGCUUUUGUAAUUCAAAUAAUACAGAUUUUUUUUUUUUAAAAAACAAAAUCUCUCAUAGUAUUUUAUAAUAUCGACUUGACUGAUCCAGAAUUUUUAAACAAGAUGAAGCUCGUAAUAUUAGACAAUUAUGAUGAAGUAAGUACUUGGGCUGCGAAGUACAUACGGAAACAAAUUCGUCAAUUCAAGCCUGACGCUUCUCGAUAUUUUGUGCUUGGUUUACCUACAGGUAGCACACCUCUUGGCACUUACAAGAAGCUGAUUGAGUUUUGCAAGGAAGGAAGUGUAUCAUUUCGCUAUGUCAAAACAUUUAACAUGGAUGAGUACGUAGGUCUUCCAAGGGAUCAUCCUGAAAGUUAUCAUUCUUUUAUGUGGAAUAACUUUUUUAAGCAUAUUGACAUCCAUCCUGAAAAUGUUCAUUUGCUAGAUGGAAAUGCAAAAGACCUGAAUGAAGAGUGUGAAAAUUAUGAAAAGAAAAUUGAAGAAGCUGGAGGAAUUGAUCUUUUUAUUGGAGGUAUUGGACCUGAUGGUCACAUAGCCUUUAAUGAGCCAGGUUCCAGUCUUGCUUCACGUACCAGGCUAAAAACAUUAGCAGUUGACACCAUUGAAGCUAAUGCACGUUUUUUUGGCAAUGAUUUAUCAAAAGUUCCUCAUGAAGCACUUACUGUUGGUGUUGCAACUGUUAUGGCUGCUAGAGAGGUGAUGAUUCUAAUAACAGGAUCUCAUAAAGCACUAGCUCUGUCAAAAGCAAUUGAAGAGGGUGUUAGUCAUAUGUGGACAGUUUCAGCUUUUCAGAUGCAUCCCAAAACAAUAUUUAUUUGUGAUGAAGAUGCUACUUUAGAAUUAAGAGUAAAAACUGUUAAGUAUUUUAAGGGCUUAAUGCGAGUUCAUAAUAAGCUUAUUCAGCUAGAAGAUGAAUAAAUUACAAAUUAAUUUUAUACUUAAGUUACAGAGUAUUUCUUAAGAUAUUAAAUUAUGUUGUUUAAAUAUACUGAAAUAUAUGUGUGUUCCUAUUGUGCAUUUAAAAAUAUAUUACAAUAAUAUUUUGUUGCAAGAUAUAACUUUCAUGUUUCUCCACCCUGUUGUGUCAUGUGCUUUUUUAAUGUAAAGGAAAGAUUGUAAUUUGAAGAUAAAUUAUUGUGUUAAAAAGCUCAUUUUUUUCUCAUUUUUGAUUUUUUUUUUAAAGUUAUUUAGAUCACUGAGACUGAACUGCUCAAUCAUUAAAGGUGCUAUAUAAAGCUGUUAAACAGGGUUGUUGAGUAGCAUAGAUAACCGGCAUAGGUUAUCUAUAAAUGUUAUAGAUUUGAAAAUUGUUCCUUUCAUGUUCAAACUAUGUACUGUUAGCAUGAAAUUAUUAUUUUAAUGUUCAUGAAGGUGGUGAUUUUGCUAAUAAUUAUUUGGUAUGUGAAAUAAAAUGCAUUUUUGUAUUUGGUAA